GCAGCGGUAUCUUUGAGAUGAAGGAACGUAAACAAAAAAUAUCACCCAAAGAUGACUUCUUUUGGCAUUGAUGUAGACUCUGAAGAAUUAUGUAUGAUAGACUCAGGACUUCAAAGUUUAAGCGACGUUCCCAUAAGGCAAUAUAAUAACCUGAAGGUGCUGAAUCUUCAUUGCAACUUUCUUAGAAGGAUCGAGAACCUGCAGCUGAGGAGCUUACUCCAUUUAGACCUGUCAUCCAAUCAGAUUGAAAGAAUUGAAGGACUCGAUAGCUUAUCAAACCUCAGAACGCUGAAUUUAGCUUGUAAUCAAAUCACCACUGUGCAGGGAUUAGAUGGUCUAAGGGCAUUGGUGAAGCUUAAUCUUUCCUACAAUCACAUCACAGAUAUAUCAGGUUUCCACAGACUCCAGGGGAGAGACUACAAGCUUUCUUAUGUGGAACUACAAGGGAACCGCAUACAGUCAGUACAGCAUGUGAUAGCCAGUCUGCGAGGUUGCCUGAACCUGAGGAGGCUCACCCUGGCACAAGAUGGAAGUGAUAACCCAGUGUGCCAGAUCCCGGGUUCUUGGAGCAGCAUCAUGAGUGCAGUUCCACAGUUACAGAUACUGGAUGGAGUUAACAGAGAUGGCACCCCAGUGCAGACCGCUGAUAUACUGGCAGACAUUCCUGGACUGGAUCAAUACAUGGAGUUUUUGCUGCCAUCAAGCAGCAAUUCUGACAUGGAUCCUGUUGCACUAGCUACUCCACACAUUGAUGAAGCUCUAGAGAAGUUCAAAGAGAGGGCAGUCAUGUCCACUACUGAGGUCAGCACCACCAGCACCACCACUGACCAGGAGACUGCAGAGAGAGAGAGGCAGCCGGGAAGGUUACCCAGUGGAAACAGGAGUCCCAUAGGGUCCCGGCUGUCCAUUGAUCAUGAGCUGAGACUGGAGAAGUUAGAACACCAGCUAGCACAGGUGUUAUAUGGAGGAAAGUCAACUAGGUCACCAAAGGUCACUUCACCAAGGGCACCCAAGGUCAGUCCAUUAAGGUCAAGGUCACCACAAGGUGGAAGUAAGACAACUAGACUGGUAGCAAAGAGAGAUGUUGACCAAACAGACGAGAGUGACAGUGAGGGCCCCAAGGCUGCAGGCAAGUCUCGCAGGUCAAGGAAGACUAAGAUUCCAAGUUAUCAGCGUGCCACGGUGGCCAGCAGGGAGAGGGAGAGAAAAUCACAGUCAUCAGGGGUCUCCUCUAGUCCUAGUGGUGAGGACCACACCCAGCCAGCCCCAGGGUCUCCAGUAUCAGGCCCCAGGGUUCUCAGCCAGGGAGAGGCACCCACAGCUUACGCUGCUGACAGGCAGCUCAAGUCGGAGAUAGAGGCUACAUACGUGCAAUUAAUGCAGGAGCUGGAGGGGGAAAGAGAGAGGAGAUGGAAAGCAGAGCAAGCCACCAAGAAACUCGUUGAUCAUAUUCAGAGCAUGCGAACAAAAGCCAAAGAAGAUCACGAUCUCCAAGAUGUCGCCAUCCAAGCAACCACCAGGUUAAAACAAGCUUUGACCAAUGAGAGAGAAGCCAAGCUGCGCCUUAAAGAAGAAGUGGACAGUUUAAAGCACCAAGUGAAAGUGAUGACAGAGAAGCUGGAGGCUGCAGAGGAAGGAGAGAAUAGACAACACCAGGCAUUGAAAGCCAUGGAACAAACUGCAGCCAGGGCUGAGACUGAACACAUACAGCAGCAGGCACAUGAGGUAAAGAAAACCCAGGAAGCUCUGGCCAGAGCAGCAGCAGCCAAUCGUGAGGUUGAUCUCUUGAAGAACUCGGUAAAAACUCUGAAAUCUCAAGUCCAUUCCUUGCAGGAGUUGGUGGCCAAUAGGGAGCAGGAACACAGGAAAGUGUUGCAAGGUAAAUUUGAUCUAAACAGCAAAGAGAUGCAGGAUGCAAUUGCCAGGGAAGUUUCUACAAUAAGAGAGCAGCAUUCCACCCAAUUACAAAUACAACAAGAGAAGAUGGACACACUGAUGAAGCAGUACACAGAGCUGGAAGAUGAGUUCAGAAUGGCUUUGCAGAUUGAAUCAGACAGAUUCAGAGAGCUUCAGGCAGCCUUUCAAAAGAACAGCCGUGAGGCAGCAGAGAACACGCAGGCUUUGUUGGUUGCUCAGAAGAAGGACGAGACACAGACACAAAUGAUAGCAGAUCUUACUGCGUUGGUAAAGGAACAAAAAGGAAGACUGACUGAACUUUCAAAGUCCAGACAGGAGCAGUUACGGGAGCUCAGGGAGAGAAACCUUACUCUUGAGGGCCAAGUAGAAGAUGCCAGAAAGAAAAUGGUUCAACUCGAGCUACUGAAACAGGAAAGGACCAAAAUGCAAUCCCAGCUCCAGGCGCAGGAGUCCGUUAUAGAGGGACUGAAAGCAGAACGCAAGCUUUGGGGUCAAGAACUUGCUCAACAGGGGUCAGCACUGGCACAGGACAGGGGGCGGCUGGAGGCCAAGAUAGAGGCACUCACGUCAGAAGUCAGCUCUCUGAAGAAACAGUUAGAUAGAGAAGUUGAUGCCCUGAAGAUAAAAUCCAAGAUGCUGGACGACCAGACAGAAACAAUACGAAAGCUGAAGGAUGCUCUGGUGGAGCGGGAUGAAGAAAUCAAGCGAGCGAGAGACGAAGGACUUAAAAUACAGAAAGAUCUGGAGUCUCAGCUGACGUCUGAGACUUCAGUGAAUCAGGAUUUGCAGGAGAAGGUAGAUAAGCUGACAGAGAGGAAAGAAGAACUAAAACAGCAGGUGGCUGACUUGACAGAUGAAUUAGAAGAAUCCAAAAAAGCUCACAGUAUUCUAAAUAAACGUUGGAAGGAAAAGUCUGAAGUGAUCGGUCAGCUGGAAAAACAAGUUCGGCAGAUGAAAGAUGUUUGGGAGAACAAUGAGAAGAAACUAACUGAAGAGAGGGAUAAAGCUAUUCAGGGAGCAAGUGCUGCUGUAGAGAGGAUGAAGACCAUGGAUGAUGCUUUCAGGGCACAGCUGGACCAGAAGGAGCAGGCACACAGAGAACAGAUGGAGAAACUGGAAGCAGAGAAACAAGUGGAGCUGGGAGAGGCUCAGCAGAGAGUAAUGCAGGUAGAAGAAGAGAUGAGACAGCUUCUAAGAGAAACAGAAAACAACAAGAAGAUGAUGGAAGAAAAGAUAAGGAAGAUGAGCCAAGUAUUUGGUGAUUUACAGAAAGAUUUAUUAUAGUAGUUCAGAGUGUGGUGUUUUUGACAAUUGAAUAACAUAAAAAAAAAAAAAAUUCCUACAGCGAAAUUGUACAAAAAGAUGAACAAUGGAGUGGGUUGAAAUUAGCAGGUAAUGAAAAUUAUUUAUUAUUAAAAAAGAAACUUUAUAGGGAUUGUUAGAGUAGUAUUGAUGAUGAAUAGAGUGAAUGUUUAUUCUUAUGAGGGUAGCAGUGAUUCUUGGAAAUGAACUUUUAUUUAUUCACAUGUUGAUUAUUUCCAUUAGGAAAAAGAUUGCAUUUAUGAAGCUCCUGCCAGGAGAAUUUCUUUAGGGUUCAAUCCCACUGAAACUAUCGAUCUACGUACAUCGAUCCAACUUUGCCAGGACUCUCACUGAAUGCAAUCAGUUGAACAGAUAUACACACCUCUUCUUGUUUCCAACUUACUUGCAUAAUCGCCAGCUUUUCUGAAUUUUAUUCAACAACAGGAGGAGCGUGUUUAUAUGUUAAACUGAUAGUAUUCAGCGUGAGUCCCCGCAGAGCUGGAUUGAUCUGUGUAAACUGAUAGUUUCGGUGGGAAUGAGGCCUUUAACAACCUCAGACAAUUAAAUUGAUUGGGCUUCAGCUUUUGUGGUUACAACAGUGACUGCUGUGAAAAUUGUAUUUUAUAUUAAUAAGUGUGAUGCCCCUGAAGAGGAGCAUUGUCUGCUGUAACAAUCCAGUUGGAAUAGAAAAAUAAAUGCUGAUUUAUUGUAUUGAAGUAUAAAAACCAAGGACACAUUUGUUUUUUUGCAAUAAAGAUUUAUAUCUCACAGAAAAGUCAACAGCUUGUUGCUACAUUGUGAUUCGUUGGAAGCUAAAAUUAAUCCAUGAAGCUGUCUAUCACACCAUUUCUGAAUGGUAUAUGUUCUGUUGAAUUAGAAUUUUUGUAAAUCACCUAGGGAUUUGAUCAGAUUUUAAUAUUUUGGAGUGAUAAAUCUUGGAAAGAACCAAAGGAGUGUUGUCUCAUGGAGUGUCACACACAUUAUGAAUAAAAGAGGCAAAUUUAAACCAAAAAAUGCAUGAACUUAUAAGUUUAAAGGGAGAAUAUAUCUUCGUAUGAGAUCUAUAUUUCACAAUAAAAACAUUGUGAACAACUUAUAGAAA